AUGGGUUUCACAGGUCCCGGAGUCUACGAGAUCGUGCCGUACCAGGCACCGACCCUGAGUGCCAACUCGUGGGAAGGGCUGAUGUCUUCUGGCGCCGUCGUCAAGACCUAUACACGCGACCGAACCAAUCCCUCCACCAACACUCUGUGGCAGCUGGCCCUCGUCGACGGUCCUUGGGUAGAGCCCGUGUACCUGAUCAUCAACGUCCGAACUGGGUACUUCCUCACCGCCACGGCCGACAAUACCAUCACAUCGACCCCGCAGGUAUCUCCCAGCGAUCCCUCGUGCCAGUGGAUCAUGAAGUCCGCACCUACAAACGGAUACGACACAUUCACCAUCAACUCCAAGAUCGCCAGCCGCGGCCAGCUCAACGUCAAGGGCUCCUCGACCAGUUCCGGCGCUGACAUCCUGUCCUGGCCCAUCGAGAAUGGCGACAAUUCCAAGUGGUACCUCGACCCCCGAUAG